AUGCUCACAGAACCAAGAAAACGCCAUAAUGGGCAACUUCAAGCGUGCGAACCAUGUCGCAAGGCCAAGAUUCGCUGUGACCAUGGGAGCCCAAAAUGUUCGCGUUGUGUCCUGCGCAGCCUGAACUGCAUUUAUCACCCUGCUCCUAUGACCAAGCGCCGAGCUCCAACUUCCCACACGCCUAUACACUUCGACGCAACACUGCCCGCGGACCUACUGACUACUCAAAAUGUCUCUAGCUCUUUCCAGAUUCCAACUGAAUCUUCGAUUGGGGCAGGGAUAUCUCUCCCUCCUACAGAUCCGAGCCCCGCUGCGAGUUCGGGGCUAACAGCCCGUUCCAGCGCAUCGAAACGGAACAUGCUAUUCCAAGAGGAGUUGGGCCAACAUGAGACGACCCGAUUCUCUGCUGUCUUUGUUGAAAACCAAGAUAGCUUUGGCGCAGUGAUGCUUGAUGCAGCUAACUCCAAUCACCACGAGCUAGGCCGCGAACCUGAUGUAACGGCCAGGUCUCGCGUGGAGUUGGCUGUCAGAACACUGCUGAAUUUUCCCUCUGCUCGUACGUGUGACAUGAUAAUGACAGGAAUCCAUCAUAUCUACGAUGUGUGGCUGUCCCCCACCAUGAUCCAGCAAUGCCUGAAACAAGUAUGGACAGAAUAUGCCAGUGAGCUGGGUGAGCUCCGGACAAGAGAAUCAGUAUCCAGGGUAGCAAAUGAUUUAUUUCUCAACCACAAGAGACCUCACUCAACACCUGAAUGCGAUGUCACAAGCGAUUACGACCAUGCUUCCUGGAUGAACUGGUUUAGUGGACCUAAUCUGCGAUGGGAGAUGAUCGGAAUCCUCUUCAGCUGGGCUGGAAUUGCAUUCAGAUGCAAACAAGAGUGGGACCCGGUAUUUGAUCUACCCGAGCAGUGUGGACGGAAUCGCAACACUGCUGCAGACAAGAUGAGAGAAUGUGCCGCUGCCUGUAUAAGGCUUUGUGAAGGGAGCUUUGAAAUCAGUGACAUCAUGGUUAUUUGCAUGAAGAAUAGCACCAGGCUACAAGCCAUUAUUAUCAGUGACGAGAGUGACCGUGUGCGGGUCGACUACGGGACUGUUCGCAGUGCUUUUAUAAGCGCAGGAUUGCACCGCCUGGCUCCUGUGAAGGAAAUAACGCCAUUUUCUCAGCACCGAGCAUCACUUGCUUCGUCGAUGUAUUACCUCGACAAAAGUCACAGUUUGUUCAAUGCCCGACCACCUAUGCUCAGUAACCGUUACUGUCAAUGCCCUCUUCCGCUGGAUUUAUGCGAGGAAGAUAUAUAUGGGGGCCGAGAAAGACUGACUGCGGCCAUUGCAAAACUUGACUCGGAUGGCUGGAACACAGAUGGUCGCAUAUUCACAACAACGUGGCUUCGAGCACUGGCAAUGCUUAGUCCUAUCCGGGAGGGAAUCUUGGAAUUAACUCUUAGUGUCAAUUCGACGUUUACCAAGUCCCAGGUAGAAGACCUAAAAGUCCAGUUGGGGAAGAUAGUUGCUUCGUAUCCUCCGCACAUCCAGUACCAGGAGAACUCUGGAUGGACUCCGCAGUCAAGCUCACGACUCAAUGAACGGAGCGCCCAUGAAGUGUAUAUGACUACCCGCAUACAACUUGAUGUAUUGCAAUGUCAGUUCCUCCUCCAACGCCUACUUGUAUCGCGGCAAUUCAGUGGUGGCCAAGAUUUGUUCGAUAUCGCCCAAGAGACAAUGUCUGUUAUCCUGUCUCUCUGGCUUAAUCGAGAUCGGCUGCAAGAAUUUCAUCACGCCUUUGAUUGGAUUGCAGUAUCAUAUGGAAUGCCCUGCGCGGGAAUUCUAUGUGUCGAGCUUCUUCGAGCAAGUAAUAUAGUACCACCAGCGCCACCAAGUGAACUUCCAUCGACGGCCUCCUCUCGCGACCGUGUUAGAUUCUCGCGGUCGGAUGUCGUCCAAAAUCUGGUCAUUUUCAGAGCCUUGCUUGACUGGAUACGGCCCACGGAUAAUAAUGCGCAGCUUAGCAAGAAAUUCAAGACAGUUUUGCAGAGAAUAAUUGACGCUGUAUUUGAUUCUUUGGGAUCGUCAUCUGGCAUGCAAACACAAGACAUGCUGAGUGAACAGCAGAUUCAGAGACACUACGGUCCGCAAGAUCAGCAGUCUCCGAGUCAAAAUAUACCUACUGCGACAGACAGAGAGCAUUCUAUUGACCCUGAGCUGAACACAUUCAAUGAUAUGGAUUGGCUGAACACCGUUGAUUGGACUCAGGGUGGUUGGCUUGAAUUCGGCAAUCUCAGCGGACCAACAGUUCCAACUCCUCAGUCUUGA